AACGCGCGCGGCGCACGUCGCUCGCGAGCGUAAUCGCCUAAAUAACCACCAUCGGCGGCCGUUUCUCUCUCUCCCUCUCUCUCUUUUCCGCGCCUCCUCUCCUCCCUCCUGCCAGUUCUUCCCCCGCGAGGACGCGUCGAAUCGGUCCAGGAGAGAAAACGAUCGGAACGAUUGCGCGCCGUAUCGAAGCAGAGCCUCGAUUCCGAGUCGAGGUGCGUCUGUCGUAAUCGAGGUCGGGAGUAAUAACCCAGACUCCGAGAAUCCGGUGACGCGAUUCAUGUAAUUUCACUUACGUCGUCUUCGCAGACGCGCUCUCGGAAAGCGGUUUUUUCCGAUUUUUCUUCCGGUUCGUCUCUCCCUCUACUUUCUUUUUCACCUUCUUUCUUUCGUCUCGGGGGAGUACGUUUACUUUGCGCGCGUGAUUUUCAAAUUGCCUGUGUCGUGUAAUCAUACAAAAUGAAUUCGGAUCGUGCGUAAAAAUCGGGGAGAGAACGAUACGAGAUUCCGCGGGAGGAAUGAUCGCGAAGGAAGCCGAACGGCGCCAUGGAGCCACCUCGGGGGAAUCGCCGCGUAUCUGCGGCGCGACGCAACUUGGCAAUCCGCGAUGCGGCCUCGUUGCUGAUCCGAUCAGGCCAGCGUUGUCGAUAACGAGAAGCCCGAGGCGAGAGACACCACGAGGAGGCCACCGUCGACAACGAGGAGGAGAAGGAGGAGGACCGGGGAAGAGGAGAAGAAGAAGAGGAAGAAGACGACGACGACGUGUGACAGGUAGCGGAGGAGGAGGUGGAGGAGGGAGAGAGCGUAGGUGGAAGCGCGCGCGUGGCGGAGAAGAAGGAUCUCUCUCCCCGUGAAAAACGAGAGACGCACGGUGGUAGCCUGAGCGCGCCCGAUCAUGACGCAGCAAAGCGGCGCUGGGUCACCCCAGCAGUUCUGCCUGCGCUGGAACAACUAUCAGACCAAUCUCACGAACGUCUUCGACCAGCUCCUGCACAGCGAGAGCUUCGUCGACGUCACCUUGGCCUGCGACGGGCACAGCGUCAAGGCCCACAAGAUGGUCCUCUCAGCCUGCAGCCCGUAUUUCCAAACGCUCUUCUUCGAUAACCCCUGCCAACAUCCGAUCGUCAUCAUGAAAGACAUCAAGUGGCCGGAGCUCAAGGCCGCGGUCGAGUUCAUGUACAAGGGCGAGAUCAACGUCUCCCAGGAGCAAAUCGGGCCGCUGCUCAAGGUCGCCGAGAGUCUCAAGAUUCGCGGUCUCGCGGACGUCAACAGCGAGCAGGAGCUCACGUCCAGACCGAGUCUGGAGGAGGCCGCGGGCGCGGCGAUGCACCGGAAGAAGCGUCGCCGGAUGUCCGGCGAGAGAUCACCGUCCGGCACGAACAGUCCGGAACGUGUCGGUUCCGGUAGCAUCGUCGACGACCAAGACGUCAUCGGCGGCAACGUCGUCGUGCCCGAAAUCCACAACAUGAUCCCGGCUGCGAGCUCGACACCGAGGUCCCUGGGCUCGCCCAGCACGCCCAGCAUCUCCGUCACACCGCAGAUCAACCUGCAGGAGCUUCCGGUCACGCUGCCUCUACCGCCACCCCCGCCGCCACCCCCGCAGGGACAGCAGAGCUCGCACCCCCUGUCGACCCACCACGUGCCUGGCCACGUGACUUCCGGUCCGCACGCGCCCGUCAACCACCUGGGCGGCCACGGCCAGCAGCUCGGCGUGCAGCAGCAGCAGCAACAGCAGCAGCAGCAGCAACAGCAGCAACAGCAACAGCACCAUCAGCAAAGCGCCGGUAAUCAACCCGGUACCGGAGACGACCUCGAGAUCAAACCCGGCAUCGCUGAGAUGAUUCGGGAGGAGGAAAGGGCCAAGUUGUUGGAGUCAUCCCACGCUUGGCUCGGCGCCUCCACCUCCAGUAUAGCAGCAGACAGCUACCAGUACCAGCUGCAGUCCAUGUGGCAGAAGUGCUGGAACACCAACCAGAGUCUGGUGCACAACCUGCGCUUCCGGGAACGCGGACCUCUCAAGUCCUGGCGGCCCGAGACUAUGGCGGAGGCGAUCUUUAGCGUCUUGAAGGAAGGGCUCUCGCUCAGCCAAGCGGCAAGGAAGUACGACAUCCCCUAUCCGACGUUUGUCCUAUACGCGAAUCGAGUGCACAACAUGCUGGGUCCUAGUGCCGACGGCGGGGCCGGUGAGUAUCUGCGCCCGAAGGGAAGAGGAAGACCGCAGAGGAUCCUCCUAGGCGUCUGGCCAGACGAGCACAUCCGCGGCGUGAUUCGCGCGGUGGUGUUCCGCGACGGGCACUCGCCGCACAUCGUCAAGGAGGAGCCGACCACGAUGUACCCGAGCCUGGCGAACUACGCGGCCUGCAACGGUCCGGAAGGCGCGGUCAGUCCCGGCGCGGCGGCCGCAGCCGCGGUCGCGGCGGUUGCUCAAGGUCUGCGGCAUCAGAUGUGCAGCAUGGUUGCGGCGGCGCACUCGCAACAGCACGACAUGAUGGCAACGAACCUGUCGACGAGCCUGUCCACCAGCCUGUCGUCGAACCUGCAGGCGGCGAUGCAGGCUAGCCAACAUCACAAUAACAAUAACAACAGUGGCAGCAACGCGAGCAUCAUCGGCGGCAGCAACAACGGCGGCGCCGGCGUCGGUCCCGGCAACAACAACGGCAACUCCCCGUUGAAUCUCGGCCUGGCGAGCCCGGGCUCGGGUGGACCGCCGGAGAGCCCGAUGGAGAGCCCGCUGGCGAGCCCGCUAGGCCCGCUGAUGGACCCGGGUCACAUACCGAGCAGCGUGGAGGUCGGCAUCGGCGUGAGCGGUAUGACGUAUAAGCCGGCGCGGAGCUUCGUCAGCCCGCGGCCCGAGAAUCUCUUCCAGGAGGACAUCGCUGACCUGGUCAAGAGUCCUCACGGUCUCAAGGACAAGGACAAGAUCCCGGUGAAGCUCGAGCCGCUCACGGACUCGCGCUGCGAAUAGUAAGCCAUCACGGCGGCGGUAGGUGCGGAAAGAACGACGACGACGACGACGAAGAAGACGGUGCAUUCCUCGGCGUCGCUGUCGCCGUGGGAGAAUCGCCGGCCGACGACGUGUGAGCGUCAGUGUUCCGACGCUCGAUGACCCCGAGGAAAACCUCCCUCUCUUCGAGGUCGUUGGACGGGGAGAGGGAGAAAUAUAGAGAUAUAAAGAGAGAAAGGGAGAGAGAGAGAGAGAGGGUGAGAGUGAGAGAACCGACCCGAUGCUUCUUCCCGCGGAAGUGUCGAGCCCCUAUCGCUCACUCGUCGACACCUCCUCGCGGGAGUUUAUAGUAUAUAUACACGCGACUCCGAACGUUGUACACGAGCGCGAUGUACUGUGCAUACGAGUAUGUUAAGAGAGAUGUUAGAAAGAAAGCGUGAAAGAGAGGGAGAGAAAGAGAGAGAGAGAGAGAGAGAUAGAGAGGCUUACAAUCAAAAAACCUAAAGGAGACAUACACAGGGAGAAAUAGAGAGAGAAGGAGAGAGGGGGAGGGGGGGGGAGAAAAGAGAGAGAGAGAGAGAGAGAGAGAAAGAGGAGGACGCAGAUGAGACAAGCGAGUGUUGAGAGCGUCUCAAACUCGUCUCGCCUGGCUCCGAGUUUCUAAGAGAAGGGCGAGCGAGCGAUCGUGGAUUAUUCUAGGCGAAGAUCGCUCGGUCGAUCCUUCGGUAGGAAAGAAGAAAAGGAAAGAGUGACAGAGAGAGGAUAGAGAGCGAGAUAGAGAGAAAGAGAGAGUAAAACCUUCUUCUAGCAAACGUAAUAUAGCUAUUGGGUCGCCGGCGCCUCGCGAGCGCCGCUACCUUUUUCCAAUCUAGAUAGUCGUGUCAUCGUCGUGUCGUACGGACUAUGUACAUGUAAUAAAGGUAAAAACUCACACGCCACACAUGAGCGCACGUAUAUAUACACGACAGCAAACAGAGACACAUAUACAGACACACAUACAGCUACAUGCACACAUAUGUACACGAGCGCGCCGCAUACAGGAUACUUACAACUCGAAAAAAAUUUAUACCUACGCAUAUACGAUAACUGUACUUUUAAUGCCAAAUGUAUAAUAACUCGUAAGAGGUCGCCUACUGCCGAUUAAUGAUCGAUUACUCGGGACGGGUGCCGACGAGAAAGCAAGCCACGCCACGAGCCAGAGCUACUCGCCCGUACUGUCGAGUCCUUACACGACGUGCCGUGUAGAUCACUUCAUCACAUUCACUUCGUCCCAAUUUUUGGACGUCGCAGGGGUUCGCUCUGAAUCCUUUUUCAGUAGUUAAAACAAUUCCUUUUCUGUUAAUGAUUAUGAAAAUAAUUUAAACAUUUGUCAACAUUGCAAGAUAAUGUUGAUUUCUCGGUAAAUACUUCUUAAAACAUAAAUCUUGGUCUCAGUGGUAUCGAUCUUACUCUGAUAAAUGUUACUUUGAUUUUUUAUACAUUGAAUUAUUUCAAGGGGACAAAUGCCGCUCUAAGUUGUCUCGACGAUGGAAAUAUUUCUUGUCCCUUUCUUUUUUUCGUUGAACACACGUCUUACAGAGAAAGAGUAAAUUUCAUGCGUCGUAAAUUUCAACGUGAGUCUCGACAGGAUGUAGAAUCUCGAAUCUGUGCACGGCACUUUGCGUAAGAGCGCGAUCCUUCUAACGCGAGGCAGUAAGCGACGUCACUGAUCUAAGCUCGAUAAGUAAGGGAGAUGUACAAAAUUCAUUAUGACUGUCUACCAAGAAACAAACAAGCAAAAAGAAGAUUAAAGAGCGAAAGAGAAAGGGAGAGAGAAAGAGAGAAAGAGAGUGAGUGAGAGAGAGAGAGAGAGAGAGAGAGAGAGAGAGAGAGAGAGGGAAAAGGGGAGCGAGAGAGAGAAGAAGUUAUGACAAAGUAUAAGACGGUGGAAACAAAUUUAACGGCUUAUAAAAGCGAGCACACUCUAGGCCGAGAUGAUCGCUGUACGUUAUUAAGUAUAAUGAUUGCCUUCCUGCCAUAUUUGGGGUAUGCCAAGUAUAAAAAUUAUAAGGUUUAGGGAUUAGGGGACGAGAAACUGUGGCGACACGAAACCGUGUCGAAAUUUUGGUGAGUUCGGCGACCACGAAGUGUGCAUCGGUGCGAGAUUGUGAACCUGAAUGCGAGCCUGAACGUGCGAAUCUGAACGCGAGCCUGGACGCGCAAAUGUCGAUGAAUGUGAGGCGGAGAAUGUGAGAGAGAGAGAGAGAGAGAGAGAGAGAGAAAGAGAGAAAGGAAAAGAAAGAUACAGAGCGAAAAUGGAAAGAGCGAAAGAGAUUUGCGUGCGUGUGUUCUUCUUUCGGAAGAUCGUGCUAUUUUUCAAAAUUGUGCAAGUCGCGCGUGAUUUCGCAAAGGGACCUCGAGUCCUCGACAAUCGAAGAACAACCCGAGUGCCGACCGAUGUUAAAUCCAGGAAUUCUAGAUAACGUUGAAUUUUCAUUAAGACCAGAGUCGGACAAAAUUUAUUUCUACCGAAAGACUUCACCGAGAUUCAUUGCCGUUUGUGAUCGAUCUUCUUCGUUAAAUUCGAUUAAUCUUUGGAUUUGGUUUAACGUAAGGAUACCUUUUUGCGUAAGUGCGAAAACAACAUACCGAUUCUUUCGGCCAAUUUGAUCUAUUCGUCGCAAAUGUCGGCACGCUGGUUCGGGAGAAAGUGAGAGGAGAGAAUGCGAGUGAGAGUGCGUGCGUGCGUGCGUGCAUGCGUGCGAGAGAAAGAGACUCCUUGUAAGUGUAAAAAGUAAACAAAAAAAUUUUUCGAAGUGGCCUUCGGUGAAAGGGAAAGAUCAUCGCUUUUCGCUUUUGCUCGUACGAGGCUUUUGCGUAACGAGCCAUCCGUGUUAUCCGUUUGUCUGGAAAACUUUACGGGGAGAGUGGGUUUAAAAAAAAAAGAAAGAAAAGAAACAAGAAAAUGCAGGAGGGAAAAAUUGAUUCUCGCGCCACGCUCAUGCAGCCAGAACAUUUCCGGUAUCGGUGGAGGAGAGAAGAGGAAGGAAGGGUGGAUCGCGCGUUCGUAGCACGUAUCGGGGCGAUUAGGAAAACGAAACAUCGGGCAAACCAAAAAACGGGAAAGAGAAAAUAAAAAAAGAAGAAAAAAAAUAAUAACACGUUAUUCUUGAUACAAGCGACUUUUGUGCGAAAACGCGACGGUGAUCGCGAGGCGACGUUAGACGGCGAUUUAUUAGUAUACGCGUUGCAAUAUAAAACUCGAUCGACCACGUUUUUCAUUUCGGCGGAAAAUCGGAAAGCGCGAGUUCUAAUUACCAUUUAGGCAUAAUGUGUUCAACGGGGAAAAAGGUAAAUUCGCGCGAGACGUGCGGCGGCAAAAUGAGGAAAAAAAGUGUUGAGAAAGGGAGGUUUUCACGCGAAUACGACGGGGAGGGCUAAAAUUUAGUAGCAGCAGAAGAAGUACGAACCGAAUCGCGAGAAAUUGCGAGGUGCAAGAGAGAAAAGGAGAGAGAAAGAGAGAGUGAGAAAGUGAGAAAGACAGAGAGAAAGAAAGAGAGAAAGAGAGAGAGAGAGAGAGAGAGAGAGAGAAUACGAGGUCGCGAGAGCGUGGGGAAGAGAGCGAAUGCGAAAGAAAUUUAAAAUUAAAUAUUGUAUAAAAAGAAAAAAAGUAGUAAGUGCCUUCCAAAAAAAAAAUUUAAGUGUCCCGUAGACCGUGACCACUUGACUAAGCGACGAAGAAGUCAUUCGAAAUUCUGCUGAAUGUAUUAUUCGUGAGAUCAUGUUUGUAAAUACGUUGCGUAAAUCGACAUGUCGUUUAUCCUUUCUUUCCUAUUUUUAACGAUCUUUUCAUAUAUUCCUACGGCACAUUCGCAAUAAAUCGUCUUUAUUCCUGAUUAAACGUCCGGCGUGAAGUUAAAUUAAUGAUUUUAGGAAAGGAGACUUCUCAUAUUUUUGCGAUUCAGGCUUCUUUUUAAUUUUUGUUCAAGUUGCACAAUAGCACAAGAGCACGCCUAAUUAUUUAUUAUAUGUUUCAUCUCGGAAGAUCAAAACAUCAAGAUCGAUAUCGAAAUUCGCGAUCACGCGGUUUCUAGCUGGAUAUCUUUACGAUCGUUUCUCCGGAUUGUUGGCGGAAAAGGGUUCUCUUUUCGAAAUUGUUGAAUUGUACAAUUGUUUCGCCAAAAAAAGAAAAACAAGGAAGCAAAAAAAAUGACCGCGAGACGAGUGAAAUAUUCGGUUAACCCGGCGAACUCCUCUCCUUCAUGAGUGUCGAAUACGCAAUGUGUCUACGAACGUCUGUGUGCGUGUUGAAUGAGUGUCCGAAGCAACAAACUACCCGACAAAAUUUGUGUUUUGGAUCAAUCCACACAGGUAAUACCCUGAAUGGCAUAUUCUCGAGAUGUUUUCCUUCUUGAUUUCCCGGCAGAGCAAACAGAGUUGACGAACUAAUAAAUAGAAGGAGAGAAAGUGAGGGAGAAAGAGAGAGAACGAAAGAAAGAGAGCGAGCGAACGAGCGAGAGAGAGAGAGAGAGUGCGCGUAGGAGAAUAAAAAAAUAAAAUAAAAAGAUGAAAGAGAAACACAGCUGACCGACACAGGAGAACGGCUAUUUCGAGAGGACCUUUUCGUUUCCACGUUUUGAUAUAUACAUAUAUGUAUCUGUGAACAGAUGAUAAAAAAAAGAAAUACCUAUAUUACAUACCUAAGACGUAAGUGAACAAAAAAGCAUCUAAUACGCUAUUAUUGAUAUAGAACACAAAGUGAAUAUAUAUAUGAGAAAAAAGUAUAUUAUAUAUAUAUAAAUAUAAAUAUAUAUAUAUAAAUAUAAAAAAUUGAUAUAUUGAUGCUGUAGGGUUAUACUGGCUGAGUGCGUUUAUUGCGUUAGAAAAAGAGAGAGAGAGAGAGUGUGAGAAAGAGAGAGAAUGAGAGCGUAAGAAAGAGAGAAUGAAAGAGAGAAAAUGAGAGAGAAAGAGAGAGAAAGAGAGAGGGGCCGCGGUUCUUUUCCAAACGUCGUCGAGGACGAAACAAAAGUUCACGAGGAGAGUUUUGCGAUGUAGGCGACGCUGGAGGCUUUAGAAUCGAGAAGACAAAGUAACCCGUAGGGUUUUUAUCGGGUCGACAAGAAGGACGGAUGUGCGUGACUUUGGCGCUACUUUAGAGAGAACGAGGGAGAGAGAGAGAGAGAGAGAGAAGAGAAGAGAACCCAGUUACGCUCACGGACACGCGCGUCCCGUUUAUCGACAUUACGCACACUUUUACGCGUAGACGAUUCAUCUCCUUCGUUCCCGCAAAAAUCACGAUAUCGCGUCGGAAUCGCCAACACGCACCCAAUUUCGCGGACUUCGCGUACAUUUAUCCCGAAACGCAACGCGGCGGCUCGUUGAGAUUCAAAUUCAUUAUCGCGCGUUGAUACUGGCCUCGUACGGAAAAUAUCGUCCGGAAAACGGUCGCAACAUUUUCGACUCAACGGGUUGCGAGAGACCACGAUAGACCGUCGAUACGCGGGACCGCUCUCGUCCAGGAGUUUCAAAUCACACGCAUGUAGAGACCACCGAAUGAUCGGCGAGUGCUUUCGUUUUCACGCACGUGAAAAAAUCUCUUUCCUUUGAUUGAUAUCGUUAUUGCCGCGGUUAGGAAGAAGGAAAAAUAAAAUUAUGCGAGAGAAGAAGAAAGACAGAGAGAAAGGGAGCGAGAGAGAGAGAGAGA